GCGGUUCUGUGGCUCAUGGAGCUGCCUCCGAGCCAUUUCCCGGCCGCCCGGGCCGCGGCUUUGGCCGUGGGGUACCUGCGGUACCUGCGGGGCGGCCCCGGGCGGGGGCUGGAGCUGCGGGAGCUGCGGCGCGCCCGGCGCCAGCAACUGCACUAAAAAUCACAUUUCAGAAGUGUCAAUGACCCUGACUGUACCUGUAUUAAUCACAAAUAAUAACGACCAUCACUAAUUGUGCACCAGGACAGGACUGUGAGCUGCUCUGCCGAGGUGCUCUAUCCCCUGGGCAGCACAGGCAGCGCUCCAGACGUGCAGGUCAGCGUGCAAGGAGAGCUCAGGAGCACACAGGAGGCAGAUCAGGAAUUCUACAACCGAAUGAGGAGCCUGGAACAGGAGCUGGUGGCUGAGAACAUCCCAGACAGCCACGGGAACAUUCCCCCAGAGCUGGAGCCCAUCCACCUGCUGGCCUGGGCAGCCUCUGGCUAYGUGAUCUGGCAGAAUUCCACAGAAAACACCAAGUUCCACCUUGCCCAAGUGAAACACGUGAAGCAAGUGAAAAGAAGUGAUGAAGACCUUCAGUUUGACUAUGUGGUUCUGCUCCACGAAAUGGUGUCCCAGGAGGUGAUGCCCUGGGAGGUGACAGUGCUGUGGCACCCCCAGCACGGGGCCCGAGUGUCCCGGGAGCGACGGCAGCACAGACACAGCGCGGGACCGGGGAGCGCCUGAGGGAUCUGGGGUGACCUGGGGGGCUCCACAAAGGCAGGGACAGCACUGGCACUCAAACAAGGCACAGARACAUCAAACAGGAUUUUCCUGGUGUUUCUGAUCCCUCAAUUCCAAAGACACCUUCACUACACCCAAGGGAAUUAACCCAACAAUUCCCAGCAGGAAUACUCACGG